AUGGGUGUACAUGCUUUAUUUGGGAGAUUGGCUCAUUGGCAAAUUCUAUUGUCUGAGUUUGACGUCCAGUAUAUAAGCCAAAAAAUAGUUAAAGGGAGUGCUAUAGCAUAUUUCAUUACAAGCAGGGCUUUAGAAGAAUAUGAACCGCUGAACUUCAAUUUCUCAGAUGAAGUAUUAAUGGAUAUAUCAACUGAAGAGGGAGUUUCUCCUACUGAUGUACAUUGGAAGAUGAAUUUUGAUGGUGCCUCGAAUUCCUUGGGACACGGGAUAGGGGUAAUUUUGGUCUCGCCUAGUGGAGAACACUAUCCUAUCACCAGUCGGUUGAACUUCGAUUGCACAAAAAACAUGGCUAAGUAUGAAGCAUGUAUUAUGGGUCUUAGUGCUACCAUUGAGCGUAAAGUAAGAACACUAAAAGUAUAUAGGGAUUCAACCUUGGUGAUUUAUCUACUUAGAGGUGAAUGGGAAAUGAAAGAUACCAAGUUGGUGGAGUACUGA